CGGAAGUUGUAUAUAUCUACUGGCUCUGACUUGACGCUGGUGAAUCAACGUGUUUGGCUCAUUCACUCUAGGUUUGGCUACAUUGCGUUGGACUGAUGUUAUGCGUGGUGUGUGGACCCAGUUAUCUCCAUCCACCCUACAGCAGCAGCAGCGUCCCAUUAACAGCCCACAAACUGCACCGUGCGGCGGCAACCCGCUGACGAAGCACCGCCCAGCUGAGGUAGCCCGCCCGGCGCAUGGACAGUCCCGCACAAUGGCAGAAGAUAUGGGGGUACCUCUAUCGUAAACCAACAACAGGUCGCAUGGAUAAUUCCUCCACAACCCGCCCGUAUCAUCUCCUGUGUGUGUUGAUUAGAGCGCCGCUGUCGGCUUGAUGUGGCCGGAGAGCCGUGCGGGAGCGGGGCUUCUCCUCCUGGCUGUCGACUGAGAGGAAAACGGCGUGGAGCAGGGGAGCACAGAGCCAACAGGCUGAGAGGAUAAGCCUUUUAAAAGCCAGCGCUCUUACAGUUGUGUGCUUCAAGAUUCUACCUUGUCCAGGUGUAGUGUGGCUGGGGGGCUCAGCAGGAUGGAAAUAGAUGCCCGUUUUCGCUACUAUUUCCAGCACCCGUGGUCGCGUCUCAUCGUGGCGUACCUCGUCACCUUUUUUAACUUCCUCAUCUUCGCAGAGGACCCCGUCUCUCACAGUCAGACAGAGGCCCAUAUGAUUGUGGUGGGCAACUGCUUCUCCUUCCUGUUCAACAAGUACCCGGGCCUCGGAUGGAACAUCCUGAAAGUAGUGUGCUGGAUACUGGCCAUUAUCACUGGCCUGUUAGCUGGCAAGUUUAUAUUCCACCGCCAGCUCUUUGGUCGAUACCUGCGCCUGAAAAUGUUCCGCGAGGAUCAUGGCUCCUGGAUGACCAUGUUCUUCAGCACCAUCCUCCUCCUCUUCAUCUUCUCACACAUCUACAACCUUUUCCUGCUGAUGGCUGGGAGCAUGAAGCCUCACAUGGUGACAGAGUACAUGGGCAUCAGGAAUGAGAGCUUUAUGAAGAUUGCUGCAGUGGGGACGUGGAUGGGAGACUUUGUCACUGCUUGGAUGGUGACAGAUAUGAUGCUCCAGGAUCAGCACUACCCAGACUGGGGCAAAGCAGCCAGAAGGUUCUGGAAACAAGGCAACAACAGGAUUGUUCUCUUCUGGACAGUACUCUUCUCUCUGACAUCGGUGGUGGUUCUGGUCAUCAGUACCGACUGGAUCAGCUGGGACAACCUGAACCGAGGCUUCCUGCCCAGCGAUGAGGUCUCCAGAGCCUUCCUGGCCUCCUUCAUUUUGGUCUUCGACCUUCUCAUUGUCAUGCAGGACUGGGAGUUCCCUCAAUUUAUGGGUGACCUGGAUAUGAAUCUACCAGGAAUGUCAACAACGCAUGUGAAGGUCAAGCUUCCUGUCUGCAAGAGUAUCUUUAAAGAGGAGUACCACAUUCAUAUCACAGGUAAGUGGUUCAACUAUGGUAUCAUCUUCCUCGUGCUGAUUUUGGACCUUAACAUGUGGAAGAACCAAAUCUUCUACAAGCCCUACGAGUAUGGUCAGUAUGUCGGGCCUGGUGAGAAGAUCUACACAGUGGAGGAGCCAGAAACGCUCAGGAACUUCAACCACAGCACGCUCACCUACGCGUGGCGCUCCACCAACAUCAAUCCCAGCACCAACUUAACCUACGUUGAGCGGGACAUGUUCCUCCACAGCCGCUUUGUCGGAGCCAGCCUGGACAUCAAGUGCCUGGCCUUCAUCCCAAGCCUGGCGGCGUUUGUCCUGUUCGGGUUCUUCAUCUGGUUGUUUGGGCGAUUUCAGGACAGCGAGACCUUCACGGAAAACCAAGACAAGUCGUAUGAGAGGAUAAAGAGGAAGUCGCCGUCGGAGUACAGCAAGGAGAUGGGUGUUACGCCAGAGGAGAUGCACGUGACCAUGAAUGAUGUUCUGAAGGGUUCAGGAACACCCAAGCUUCUCUCGGUGGACGGGCCACACUUCGGAGCAACACCCUCAACGAACUCAACUAUUUCCAUGGAAACCCAAGAGACACAUCCAAGCAUUGUGAUUGACAGUGCAGAGCAGGAGGAACCAGCAGUCUCUUUUGAUGUCCACAAGAUCUCUCCGUGACCUUAUAAACUUCUAAACUUUUGAGCUAUAGAAGAGACCUACAGACAGGUUGAAAAUGAGAGUCUUGAUGUAGUUUGUCAAGAUCUUAAAUUGUUGCUUUUUUUCAGAUAAGACCAAGCUGCAACAGAAGAUGAACAAAACUGUUCAUGAGAUUCAGGAAAAUGACAAGUUACCAAGUCAGUCCUGAUGGCUAUUGCAGUUGCGUUUGUUUGAAUAUGUUUUUGUAAAACAAUCUUUUUAAAAGCCUCUAAAAUGGCACCAAUUCUGGUAACAAACAGAUAUUUUAAAACAGAAUGCAAACUCUUAAUUGACAUGGUGCUCGCUUGGAUUUUGCAUUUUCCAUAAUUCAAUUUUGUCAUGGCAAACUACUUUGGUGCCUAUAUCAGAGGAGUUUUUCUACAUGUCAUGACACUGCAGUCAGAUGAAUUUUAUUGUAUCACACCAGUGUUACAGCUACACUAGUGCCUUGAUAUUUUAUAUAGUCAGAUACAGACAGAAACAUAUUCUGACAGUCUACUAUAGGCAACAAAAUGGAAGAGUUAUGGUCUGCUAUAUUAAUGUCUUCUAUAUUUAUUUUUUAUUUAUUUAUUUGUUUUUAUUUUUUCCACUCAUGGUAAUGCACAACUCCAGAAAAAAACCCCGAUUCACAAUCAAAACACAGCUCUACACAUUCCUUGACUGAAAAGGAGCAGGGAGAAGAAAAAUCUUAUAUUGCCAGCCUUUUACUCAAAACACAAUAAACAACAGAAGUAGAUUGGCUGUCCAUUACAGUUACUUAACAACCAAUAUUUACAGUAACAUGAGAAAAGAAAUUAUCAAGACCCAUACACAAUAAUUCACCAUCAACUAAGGAAACGCAUCUCCUGACAACUUCAUAUAGUCUAAUUAUUCUUUCUUUAUACAUUUUCUUAAACUGAAAGAUAUUUAUACAACCCUUUAAAUCCUUCUGUCGAUAAUUCCACAGUUUGACGGCAACCACUGAAGUACACAUCUGCUAGUAAUCCGUGCAUACUGAUGCUUAAAAUGACAUUUCCUUCUCUGGUCCUCGUCUUUGGAACUAAAAAGAAGCAACUUUUGUAAAUGUAUGUAUGUAAUAUAUGCUUUCACACCAUAUGGACAAUGUUUACCUCAUUUGAUCCUCAUCAUUUUAAUUUAUUCUGAUGUGACGUCUCUUUUACUUGAUUUUUAAAAUGUAUCAUUCUUGUUGAAAUGACAUGAUUAUGAACAUCAAUGUACGUUGAUGACCUAUUCAUAUCCCCGCACUUGAUAUUAGUUGCAGAGAUAAUAAAUGCAAUCAGAAGAGAUCAAAUAGCAAACCAACAAGCCACCUCAUGAUCGCUUAUGUGGCUGCUGCACCUGGACUGAAUACCGACAGAGUCAGAAAGGUGGUUUUGCCCUUGGCAUAAACAUGCCAUUGAAGUGCAGGAGAGGCUUCUGCUCCAAAGCUCAGGGCUUCUUUAUGCCUAGAUAAACCUGAAAAGUUUUAGAAGCAGUUUUGCAGUCAUGGUUAAUGCAUGAUAACAUUAUUUAUUUAUUUAUUUGAAACAUUAUACUAUUGUAAAAAAAAUUGCUGAUUUCAAACGCAACUGAAACCUGCUGCAGAUAUCUUUGAAAGUGUUCACUGCCUUUUUACAUUUUCCUAUGCUAUGCAGUCUCAUUAAAAUACAUAUAUUUGGAGUUUUUGGUCCCAAAAUGGAUGCUCUUCAUUUAUUUACUAUCAAGUGCAAAUACUAACUCAAUUAUUACUACAUUACUAACUGAAUUGUUUCAUAUAAGUUUUUCAGAUGUCAGUGAGUACUUUGCAUAGAAAUUUGACCAAUGAUAUCAAAUAAUUCCGUAUUUUGAACAAAUAUUCCUACAUAAGAUAAUAUGCUAAUUUAAAAGAGAUUCAUGAUAGACAGGGUGGAAGGAUAUUAUGUGCUCUUGCAUCUCUCUGCAUUAUAAUGGACUAUCAAAAAUACCCACAUCCAUAGCUCCUUAACACCUUUUUGUAAUUUUUUUAAAUUAUAAUCAAUUCAUAAAUUGAUGAAUUAUAAAGAUUUUUUUAAUAAUUCAAUUACAUUUGAUAGCAUUUAUAUAUUUAUAUACUACGGUAAAAUAAUAUUUGCCAAUUCAUUAAUUAAAUUUUCUUAUUCUGUCUUUAAAUGAUAAAUUAAUUUAAUUAAAAUAUAAACUCACAAAAGUUAUUUAAAAAAGGCUUUUGAACUUGACUUUGUAUUAAAUUUACUGUGUGCCUAUCAUAAUGCAUCUCACAAUUCAUUUGUCUGCUGCUUUAACAUUUACAGUUUUCAUUUCAUAAUUACUUAAAUUUAAUUACUCUGAUUGGCCAACUGCUAUGUAUUUGUGGGAGUCGUGCCAAUCAAAGCUCCUGCUGCUGCUCUGUGGGUAGGAUUUCAUUUAAUUUUUAGGUGACACAAUGCUUACAUGUCUUACAGUCUUUGAAUUAAAGAGAGCUGUCUUUAUAGUCAAGCAAACACAUAAUGGAAACUAAAUGUUAAACAGAGUUUGUAAAUAUUAGACAGAAUAAGGAAGUAGAAUUAUUAUUUGGCAAAUUUAUUGAUUUUUUUAGCUUAUUAAUACACCAUUUAAAUGUACCUUUAAAUCAUCAUAUGUAUAAUGUAUUUAUAAUGCCUAUAAUGUAUAAUAGCUUUUUAAAAUGUAUCAAUUUAUUAAUUGAUUAUAUAAAACACUGUAGAACUUAAUUAUUCUGGUGGCACACUGCAGACUGUGUGUGUGUGGCUGUGUGUGUACAUUCUGGACGCAUUGUGUCAUUUGUGUCUGUAAAGGAUGUUUUAUACUUAAUAGUGCAUGUUGUGUGUGUGUGUGUGUGUGUGUGUGCGUGUGCAUGUGUGCACUGGAGACUUGUGAAGUGUGUAUGUGUUUGCUACUACACUUGUUUUUGACAAAGGCCAUUCUGUGAAGAGGUCAGUUUAUUUAGCAUAAUUGGUUGCAGCGUUUGGUUCUGUAAUUAUCCUUUUAUACAUUACAGCUCUAUGAAGACAUUAGAUAUUAGUGUCUCACCAAAGGGCAGAACCUCUUUGGACUUGAAGGGGAUCUAAUAUGUUUGCAAUGUAUUGUGUUUAGGUUAAAAGUGAGGGUUUCCUCUUUGUUGUUCAUUUUCAUUGAAUUGUGUUGCAAAACUGACACUUCCUGUUCCUGAGUCUGUGCUUUUUUUAAAGCAGAGGAACUCUUUCAGUGUUUGCUCAGUGUACUGUAUGUCUCUUGAACCUUGUGUUACCAAUAAAUGAAUACAUUUGUAUAUACUCUA